AUGCGUUUCUCCAUCGUCUUCACCACCCUCGCCAUCGCCCUGGCCCACGCCCAGAGCGACACCACCAGCGCAAGCUCUGCCGAGACCGCAGAGUACAGUAACCCAGCCACCCAGUACUUGACUGAGACCAACUCCCUCGGCGUUGUGACCGGCCAGCCCUUGCCCGUUACCACUCAGGCUAGCGUUAUUACCAGCCAGCCCGCUGUCGUGACCUCCCAGCAGCCUGCUGCCUCCAUCCCCGCUGGCCUCACCUCCCCCGUUGCUGGCAUCAGCUCCACUCUCUCCACUGCCACCCGCAGCGGUUCUUCCUCCAACAGCGCUUCCACCGGUGCCACCACUGGUACCUCUACUGGAUCCAAGGCCACCGGUACCUCCACUAGCUCCUCUUCUGAGGAAUCUAGCGCUAGCUCCAGCGCCUCCGCCUCCGCUAGCGCUUCCAGCUCUGCCUCCACCGGUGGCGCCGCUAUGGCCACUGCUGGCCCCGUCGGCCUCGGCAUGGUCGCAGGUGCCGCUCUCGUUGCUUUCCUUUAA